UAUCCAUAAGCGCCCAUUGGCUCUUACUCCGUAACUUUCUGUACCUCAGCUACUUGUUCUGUGCCAAAUCCACCAUCUGAAUUCAUGUCCUCCUCAAGUUCAGAUCCAGCUAACAUACUUGGAGGAGACAAUUCAAAUCUCUGGCGUUGUAUAGAUCGAGACAACGUUCAUGGCCUGAAUCUGGCUGACCCGGAUGAUGCCAAAGAGACCAUCAAACCUUGGGACCAAAGAGAGAACACUGAAAAGUUUGCGGAAUCUAAUGUAGAUGAUCAGGUUAUCAUCCAUGUUCCUUUCUCCCAGAAUGUUCGACUACGCUCCGUUUUGCUGAAGCUCGGUAGAGGCGAGGUUGCUCCAGUCCAUCUGAGGAUCUAUGCGAAUCACCCAAACAUUGUGGAUUUUUCGGAGGCUGAAACUACCAAGGCACAAUUAGAUAUAAGCCUUUUGCAGGGAGAACCCGGCGUCGUCGAAUACCCGCUUCGUGUUGCUGCCUUUGCUAGUAUCAAUUCUGUGUCGUUGUUCUUUAGCGAAUCUGUGGGAGGGGAUGUUUCCAGGAUUUAUUACAUUGGAUUCAAGGGGGAUAUAAGGGAGCUUAAGAAGGAUAAGAACCCUCAGAUGGAUAUUCCCGCAGCAAAUGCUGCAGAUGCUCCUCUGUUUGACCGGCUUCAGGAUAAAGCCAGUGGGCAACAGACAACGGCCAGAUGAUGAAGAUCAGGAUUUCGCCCUACAUCAUGAUGUACCUAUACAAAUUAGAUCAAACUGAAAAUUUGAGCAAGAGUCGACUGUUUAUGCUAGGGGUUCAUGUUAAU